AUGACCGACUACGAGACCGUCCUCAAGGGCAAAUACCCUGCCAAAGCCCACGCCAAGCGUGUGACCGACUACAUCCGCUCCAAGAUCCCCGAUGCCAAAGGCGUCCUCUACCUCGAGGGGACUCAUACCAAGAUGCAGGAGGACAGCGACCACCCGGAGCCCUUCAGGCAGCGCCGCUACUUCUACUACCUGACCGGCUGCCCCCUCGCCGACUCCCACUUCAUCUACGACCUGGCGUCCGGUACAUCCACUCUCUUCAUCCCACCCGUCGACCCGGAAGAAGUGAUCUGGUCCGGCAUGCCCGUCACCGCCGCCGACGCCAAGGAGCUCUACGACGCGGACCGCGUCCUCUACACCACCGACGUCAACGCCGAGCUCGCCAGGUUAGGAAAGGGCGCCGGCACCACCGCCUUCGCCAUCCUCCACCAGGUGCUGGACGCCAUCAGUUUCAUCGAAUUCGAGGACAAAGACUUCGACCUGCUGAAGCGCGCCAUCGAAGAGUGCCGCGUCGUCAAGGACGACUACGAGGUCGCCCUGACCAAGAAGGCCAACGCCAUCUCCACGACCGCCCACCACGCCGUCAUGCAGAUGGUCAAGAAGGCCAAGAACGAGCAGGAACUCGAGGCCGUCUUCCUCGAGAGGAGCGUCGCCCACGGCGCUAAGAACCAGGCGUACCACUCUAUCCAUGCUGCCGGGCGCGCCGCCGCCACCUUGCACUACGUCCAUAACAACGCGCCCUUGGAGGGCAAGCUCAACCUGCUGCUCGAUGGUGGUGCCGAGUGGAACUGCUACGCCUCUGACAUUACGCGAACUUUCCCCAUUUCCGGCAAGUUCUCCAAGGAAUCUCGCGCCAUCUACGACAUUGUCCUGAAAAUGCAGCUCGAGUGCAUCAAGGUGCUUAAGGAGGGCGUCAACUGGGACGACGUACACCUGCUGGCCCACAAGAUUGCCAUCGAGGGUUUGCUGGCUCUCGGUAUCUUCAAGGGUGGCGAUGCCGACGAGAUCCUCAAGGCGCGGACCAGUGUCGCCUUCUUCCCUCAUGGCCUCGGCCACUACCUCGGCAUGGAUACCCACGACGUCGGCGGCAACCCCAACUACGCCGACCCGGACCCCAUGUUCCGCUACCUGCGCAAGAGGGGACCCCUGGCGGCCGGGAGCAUUGUCACGGUCGAGCCCGGCAUCUACUUCUGCAACUUCAUUAUCGAGCCCUACCUGUCCGAUCCUGUUCACUCGAGAUAUAUCGACGCGGACGUCCUGGACAAGUACUGGGAUGUCGGAGGUGUCAGAAUCGAGGAUAAUCUUCUCAUCACCGCCAAUGGAAGUGAGAACUUGACACCCACUAUCAAGGACCCAGACGAGCUCGAGCAACUCAUUAGUUCCAACUAA